AUGGAUGAGGCCGCCUUGUCCCUCCUGGCCGCUACGGGGUUCAUGCUGGCCCUCCCUGAGGCCGCCCAUGCCGACAUCCUGACCGGCAGGAUCGCCAGCCUUGCUCACCCAGUCGCCAUGAUUGCGCUCUUCGGGUCCAGCGUGUACACAGCCGUCCUGGGGUUCCAAUACCGCCGCACGCGCGACCUGGCGGCGGAGAUCAAGGACCUGAAGGCACAGGCACCCACCGCUCCAAAGGGGGAGGGAGAGGAGGCCUCCUCGGCCGUCGCCUCGCCGGAGCAGUCCAGGAUCAAGGAGCUGGAGCAGGAGCGCAAGGACCUGAUCAGGAAGAAGCUGAACGAGAAGCACUACACCUGGGGUUCUGUGCUGCUGGGCCUGGGCAUCACCUUCUCCAUCAUCGGGCCUGUCAACACCUACCUCAGAACUGGCAAGCUCUUCCCGGGUCCCCACCUCUACUUUGGCGCCCUGAUCACGGUGCUGUGGGCGCUGGCCGCCUCGCUGUCUCCAGCGAUGCAGAAAGGGAACGAGACGGCGCGCAUCACCCACAUCACGCUCAACUGCCUGGCCCUGUUCUUCUUUGCAUCUCAGGGUUCGGCAGAGAAGACAGUUGAGCCAUUGAUACGCCUGAGGGAGUUCUUCAAGCGUCAAGGUGCGACACUGGAGGAGGGGUGGUCCAUAGAGAUCAAGCAUCGCAGCGGGGGGUCCACAGCCGGCACGACCGACACGAUUGCUCGGGACUAUGGCCUGGUCGUGGAGCCACCAGCACGCAAGCAGACCAGCCUCAGCAGCUUCUUUGAAGCACAUAAGCCAGUCUCCAGACCAGAGGCUGUGUCCGGCAGCGCUGCCUGCCUGGCGAGCCUCACGCUUCCGCUGACGCUCGCCAAUGGCACCACCAUCACAUCGUGCGCAGGGAUUGGGUGA